UUACAUUCGGGGUUACCGGGACUAAAUGACUGCUGCGGUCGCUGUUCGAUGAUAUGCCAGCAUGCAAAUCGUCAUAAUCGAGCAUAUCACCAAAGGACUGGCAAUAUCAAGAAAUCAGAUGACAGCUGUACGCAUAUUGAACUUAAAGCACUGAUGUCGAAGGUAAUCACCAAAGACCCGGAUGAAUCAAAGCGUGCAAUAUUACAUUCAGCUGAAGAAACACUUGGUGGGCAGUUCCAUGUCAUCUGUUCAAAAGAUGACUUCUCAUAUAUUACAAAGAGCAGCACUUAUUGUCAAAUUACCGAAAAUGAUUUGACUUGCUAUGCUUUCCAAACUCCCAAAAUUGUUAGUAACUAG